GAGAGGUCCCGGCCGAGUGCUGCAAGGGAGGAUGGAAGGAUCACUGUUGGAGCGCCUGGCUGGAGACAGGAGGGGAGCUCUAUCGAGCAUGUGCAGAGUGCCUUUCGCUACCAAGCGGGCCUACUUGCCCGGAGAACUUCUUUCGGCCCUCCUCACCGACACCGCCCUCCCCCUUCGGGUUAUUCCUCGGAGCAGCGUUCGGGGCCGGAUCUGAGAGGUUCUUUUUGACGCUCGUGAUCUCGCCGGGUCCUGGGCUCUGCUAUGCCCGGAGGGGCUGCCUGCCUGGGCCGUGCUCAAAGGGGCGAGUCUCCUGUCAACCAGCGUGGUGUAGGGGUUAGAGUGCUGGACUAGGACCGGGGAGACCCGAGUUCAAAUCCCUAUUCAGCCAUGAGACUUGCUGGGUGUCUCUGGGCCAGUCUCUUCUCUCUCAGCCUAGCCUACUUCACAGGGUUGUUGUGAAAGAGAAACUCAAGUCUGUAGUACACCGCUCUGGGCUCCUUGGAGGAAAAGCGGGAUAUAAAAUGUAAUAAUCAUCAUGUUCAUUCCCGACACGUGUGGUUCUUAACAGACGUGCCCCGGUAAUAUUGUUUGUUUGUUUAUUAGAUCUCUAUACAGCCCUUCCAAAAAUGGCUCAGGGUGGUUUACACAGAGAAAUAAUUUUUAAAAAAAGGUGGCUCCCUGUCUUCAAAGGGCUCACAAUCUAAAAAGAAACAAGAUAGACACCAGCAACAGUCACUAGAGGUGACUGUUUUAAAAAACAUCUGAACACCCAUCUCUCCUCCCAAGCUCUUUCAGCUUUUAAAAAUGUCUAGGUUUUAAUUCUGUGGUUGAUUUUAAACUGUUGAAUUGUUUUUUUUAUGUGUGUUUUAAUUGUUUUAUGUUACUGUUAACCGCACAGAAACGAAAGUUUGGGCGAUCGAGAGAUCGAUAUCUGCCCGAGCGCAGCUUCUUCCCAGCAGCCGCAAAACGCGCCAGGGAAGUCCGUUGGGGAGCCCAGGGGGCGGGGCCCGGCGUAGGAGGGAACCUCUGAGGGCGGUGUAUGUGACGCAGAAGGCAGCUGGGCCAAUGAGGACGCGUGCGGCGGGCGUGGCCUUUGCGGGAGGUCCCUGAAAGCGGGCAGGGGUUUUCCUGAGGCGCUGGCCAAUAGCGAGAGGGGAAAGGAGAGGCCCCGCCCAUGGGCGGCCACAGAGGGGACGCCUGGGGCCAAUCCAGGCGAGGCAGAGGCGGAGCUUCAGGAGGCGGCUGGUGAGCGAGGGGGCUCCUGCGGGGGCGGUGUCCGCCCUUCGGCUGCAAGGGGGCAGCCAGGGCCCGGAGGCGCCCGCCACCCGCCAGGCCCUCCCAUGGGAAAGGGGCCCACCCAGCCGCCCAGGGGUAGCAGCUUCCCGAGGCAGGACUGGGACGCCUGAAAGCCCCCCUUCGAGCGAAGGGCCGGGGCCCGGGACGGGUCUUCUCUCUCCCGCUCCAGCUGAAGGGGACCUUUGAGCAUGUGCCGAGUGCACCUCGCUUGCUGCCAGCUUCAUCCGCGCUGUGGUUCGGGACCGGGGCUUCCAGCAGACCAAAAGCGGGGCGCGGGGGGACCCCCUCGAGGGGGCAAGGCACCGCCGCGGGCCCCAUCUCGCUCUCGCUCUCUCCCCCCCCCCUGCACCUCCCCAGGCCCACUCGCACCCCCGCGGCCUCUUCUCCUCUACCUGGCGAUGGCCGCUGCCUGCCUGGGCGUGCUCAUGCUCCCGCUGCAGGGUCAGCCCAGCGAACUGCUGCCGUCCAUCCUCCACGUCACCCCCCCACAGAAGCUGGUGGCGGCUUACAUCCUCGGUCUCCUCACAGCGGCCUUCCUCCAGAGCUGAGCCCAUCCCGCCCCUUGCCAGAGGAGGAGUCUGCACCUGCUGGGAGGCGGCAACUGGACUACUGACCGGGCUGGCCCCUCCUGCUUUGGGGGCCACGGCUCUGGGAGAGGAGCUCCCAGGCUGAGGGAGGGGGGGAGGCCUCUCUCUCCUUGACUGCUGCUGCCCCAAAUGGCCCCCACAGCCAUGCCCCCCCCACCAAGGGUUCCGGUGGAGCUGGAACAUCUGCGGGGAGGGGCCAGGAGGCAAGCAGUGGGGCGCUCAGGCCUGCCCUCCCACCAGCGGAGCUGCUUGACCCGCUUGAGCCUGGACGACUUUCCAGCCAUCCAAGUUUGAAAUAAAACGCAGCACCCCACGAGGGAGAGAGAGAC